AUGGUGAGACCAAGAAGGCAAGCUAAUGUGCCCGAAGAUGAGCUAUCCAGGGGUGAAAGAGACGAUGCCAUUGCAAGGGCGUUGAAUAAGAUGUCAGACUUGUACGAGCAGAAUUUCCGACCGCCGCAAGGAGAUCUAAAUAGUGCGGUCCAAGUGGGGUGCACCUAUGAGCGCUUCCUGGCGCAUAGGACUCCUACCUUUACUGGGGAAGAGGAUCCAAUGCGAGCUAGGAGAUGGAUUCUAGAUUUGGAAAGGACCUUUGAAGUCUGUGGGUGUACUGAGGUCCAGAUGGUUUUGUAUGCAAGUUAUAUGCUACAAGGUGAAGCAGCAUACUGGUGGGAGACCAAGCGGUCACUCCUAGAAAUGGAGUUCGGAUCCUUGGCUGCUGUGUCCUGGCAGCGGUUUAAAAAGGAAUUUGAUGAUCGAUACUUUCCUGUUUCAGUGAGAAGGCAGAAGGCUCGGGAGUUUAAUAAUUUGGUUCAAGGAGGUAUGACGGUCGAGCAAUAUGCAACGAAAUUUAUGGAGCUUGGACGGUUCGCUCCUCACCUCAUUGCCACCGAAGAGCUGCAGGUGGAGCGUUUUAUGGAGGGUCUGGGCCCUGAAGUAUGCAGACAAGUGGCUUGUCUCCAGAUUGUGGAAUUUCAGAAGCUGGUAGACUUGGCCAGUAUCACAGAGCGCGAGAAUAGCUUUGUAGUGGGAUCCCCUCCAGGUCAGAAAAGACGGAGUUAUCUUGGUGAAGGAAGCAGUUCUGGAUCGCCACAGAAAUUUGUUCAGAGGACCGGGACCCGUCCACAGACAACCUCCGGUGUUCGUGCAGGAGGCCGGACUCCAGUAUGCCCGAGAUGUAGUAGAGCCCAUGAGGGUGAUUGUGGUCAAAGGGGCAUUCAGUGUUUUAGAUGUGGCCAGCCGGGUCACUUUGCUCGGGAGUGUCCCAGUCUAGUUCAAGGAGGUCAAGGAGGACGAGGAGGUCGUCGAGGUGGAAGGGGCAACCAGAGACAGUUGGUACAAGCCCGAGUUUAUGCGGUGACUCCUGGCGACGUGGAUUAUGAGGCUCCAGAGACCCACGAUGCUGGAGUGAUUACUGGAAGAGUUCGUCUAUAUGAUUUUUAUGCUUGUACUUUGUUUGAUUCUGGGGCGUCCCAAUCUUUUGUGUCUGCCACGUUUGCACGAAUGUGCAAUUUGGUUACAGAACCUCUACCACAAUCCUUAGUUGUGGCUCUUCCUAAUAGCGAGAUCGUGUGUUGCUCCAAGGUUGCUUUGGGUUGUCCUUUGGAUCUUGGUGGAAGGACACUGGAUGCAGAUUUGAUUGUAUUCAAGUUGCUUGGUUUUGAUAUAAUUUUGGGUAUGGAUUGGCUGUAUCGUUAUUCUGCGAAUAUUGAUUGUAGAAGACGAGUAAUUGGUUUUCAACUUUCGGAUGAGGACUAUUUAGAAUUCGUGGGAAGUAAGUUAAAGGCAAGACCAUCAGUUAUAUCAGCAGUUCAAGCUAAGAAAGAUAUAGCUUGUGGGGCAGAUGCUUUUUUGGUCCAAGUCGUAUCUACACCAUCUGAGAAGAAAUCUUUAGCCGAUAUUCCAGUGGUGGAAGAAUUUCCCGAUGUGUUCGUGGAUGAGUUACCUGGAUUGCCUCCCGUUCGUGACAUGGAAUUUGUUAUUGAUCUGGAACCCGGGGCGGCUCCUGUGCAUAAGGCUCCUUACCGCAUGGCACCGGCCGAGUUAAAAGAGUUGAAGACACAAUUGCAAGAAUUGGUUGACAAAGGAUUUAUUCAGCCUAGUACUUCGCCCUGGGGAGCGCCUGUUUUGUUUGUCAAGAAGAAAGAUGGUACUCUCAGAAUGUGCAUAGACUAUCGGGAGCUUAACAAGGUGACUAUCAAGAACAAGUACCCUCUUCCAAGAAUUGAUGAUCUGUUUGAUCAGCUUCAGGGAGCAGCUGUCUUUUCGAAGAUUGACUUGAGAUCAGGGUACUAUCAGCUGAGGAUAAGGGAUAAGGACGUGCCCAAGACUGCUUUCAGGACGAGAGAGCAUCAAUUGUACGCUAAGUUGAGCAAGUGUGAAUUCUGGUUAGAAGAAGUUAAGUUUCUUGGACAUGUGAUUUCUCAAGAAGGGGUGGCUGUAGAUCCUAGUAAAGUAGAAGCUGUUUUGUCAUGGCCUCGCCCUUCAACAGUUCGUGAGAUACGAAGUUUCUUGGGACUUGCCGGUUACUAUCGAAGAUUUGUGGAAAGUUUUUCUCGACUAUCAGGACCUCUCACUGCCUUGACUAGGAAGAAUACGGAGUUUGUAUUGUCUGACAAAUGUGAGAGAAGUUUUCAAGAGUUGAAGAGAAAAUUGACAAUGGCACCUGUUUUGGCACUUCCAGAGCCACACAAGCCAUUUGUGACUUUUAGUGAUGCAUCCAAACUCGGGUUGGGAUGCGUUCUUAUGCAAGAGGGACGGGUUGUUGCUUAUGCAUCUCGAGCUAAGGUAGAAGUUGUGAGCGAUUCUUUGGUCCCUGGUGCUGAGAUCGAGCUCAACAGAAUUUAUAUUGCUUAUAUUGUUCAAGUCUAUCUUCAUCUGUGA